AGCGAUCGUGUGUUUCCGAUUUGCACCGCACUCACCAGGAUUUCAUACGCUGUGUCCUGUCUUUCUGGUUAUUAAAUGACUGAACCACAAUCCAAUGUGACCAACAUCGUGUACAAAUAUGAUCCGACUGACUCCCAGUUGGUCGAGAUGGCGGAAAACAUCAAAUACCGGGGUCGCGAUGGGCCUUGCCCAUUAUACAAGGAAACGGGGCUUGAAUUUGGUAUGCCAAAGUUUCCAAUUGAACGAAAGGAGAUGAAAGACCACAUGCUAGAGUUUCGAGCAAAUAAACUGUGCUGUCGUUCUGAAAACUCGGCUGACAAUUCACAACCUGUCUCUGGUGACCAAUCGGGGGAUACACAGGAUGCCAAAGCCGAUUCACUGCUCCAAGAACCUGUCCUGUAUCUGGAAUCUCCUUCUGUUCAUCAGGCAGAUGCAUUCAGUGAUGGCGUGCACAUCAGCCAUUUAUCAUUGUCCACUCCUCCCGUUGACGCCGGCUCGCACGAUUUGGCUUCCAACGAUUUCGGCUCGCCUGUCCAUAGAGGAGAGUCACCGUUGUUGGGUGCACCUGAAGAUACACAGACUCCCAUGGGACCAUCGCCACCGACUGCGUUUCCCGUGUUCAAUGAAUUGAUACCCCGUUUGCGUGCUGACGAUGGGGUUGUGGAAAUGAGCCACGGAUCUAUCGGUGUGGACUUCCAGCGUGUUCAGAUAUGUGGCGAUGACACAUUUGAGGUACCGACCGAUGAACUCCUCAUGGCCGCCGAAGCACUGAUCAACUGUCUGUUGCUGCGACAAAAGUACAUGAACAUCUCUUCGCAACACUUUCACCCCACGACUGCGCGUUACUUGGCCACUCUGAACUCGGGGUCACUGAAACUUCUCGAUUCUCAGGAGGAAUUCUUUAGAUCUGUUCGCAUACCAGCAACAGAUCAUCCAAUCAAUCCUCCAGAAACGAUUGGCGAUCCGUUCGCUAUUAGCUAUUGGCCAGCGCGUAUGCCAGUAGAGCUGGAAUUUCGCAAUGGUGUAAUGCAUGUGUUGAGUCCGGCAGAUCCGAACCAGUCAACUGGGGAUGAGAAGCCAGCAGUACAGUUUGUUGUACCUUCGUUGUCCUCCUACCUGGUUGACUACGAACUUAUUCGCGCUUUCGUCGCUGAUGGUCCGCUCAAAUCAUUUUGCUAUCGCCGAUUGUCUUAUCUGGGAUCCAAAUUCUCACUGCACUCCCUACUGAACGAAGCUCGCGAGUCUUUGGAACAGAAACAAGUUCCUCACCGCGAUUUCUACAACAUUCGUAAGGUUGACACACAUCUGCACGCUGCCUCGUGCAUGAAUCAAAAACAUUUGCUGCGCUUCAUCAAGAAGAUGAUCCGUACAAAGGCGGAUGUUGCCGUGUGUUUGGACCAACAGACAGGACAGCCAAUGACGCUGCAGGAGCUGAUCGACCGUAUCGGAAUCACACCCUACGAUUUGAGCAUAGACAGUAUGGACGUUCACGCCGACCGAAAUACGUUUCAUCGCUUCGACAAAUUCAACGCCAAGUACAACCCCAUCGGUCAGAGCCAACUGAGGGAGGUGUUCUUAAAAACUGACAACUACACCGGUGGCACAUUUUUCGCCCAUGUGCUCAAGGAAGUUUUCUCUGACCUCGAGGAGUCGAAGUACCAAAACGCUGAACCACGCCUCUCCAUCUAUGGCCGUUCCAUACACGAAUGGGACAAUUUGGCCAAGUGGGCGAUCAACUGCAAAGUGUACUCAAACAAUGUUCGUUGGCUGAUCCAAAUCCCUCGCCUGUAUGACGUCUACCAUGCGAAGGGAUCCAUGAGUUGCUUUCAGGACAUGAUUACAAACGUGUUUCAACCAUUGUUCGAAGUGACCGCUGAUCCGAACUCCCAUCCGGAGUUGCAUGCCUUCUUGCAGUACGUCACAGGCUUCGAUUCCGUUGACGACGAGUCCAAAUCGGACAAGGUGGUGUUCAAUCAGUUAACUCCCACUCCUGAGAAUUAUUGCCUUAACGAGAAUCCACCGUAUUCGUAUUAUAUUUUCUAUCUGUUUGCCAAUUUGAGCCAGUUGAAUCAUUUCAGAAGCUAUCGUGGUCUGAAUACUUUCAAUCUGCGCCCCCAUUGUGGAGAGGCCGGCAAUCUGAAUCACCUCAUCACCUGUUUCCUACUCGCCGAGAGUAUCAAUCACGGUCUUUUGCUCAGGAAAACACCAGUCCUGCAGUAUUUGUACUAUUUAUCGCAGAUCGGCAUCGCCAUGUCCCCUUUGAGUAACAACUCUUUGUUCCUGGAUUAUCAUCGUAAUCCCCUCAACAAUUAUUUGUCUCGUGGACUGAACGUUAGCCUUAGCACGGAUGAUCCAUUGCAGUUCCAUUUCACCAAAGAGCCUCUGAUUGAAGAGUACAGCAUUGCAACGCAAGUCUGGAAGCUGACCUCCACCGACAUGUGCGAACUGGCCCGGAACAGCGUUUUGAUGAGCGGAUUCCCCCACUCGAUCUUACAAAUCGAGCGCUAGUGGUACAACUUCAUGAAAAUGCUUCUGAGCCUACAUCUGUCACCAGCGGCAUACUACAAGACCGUGUCUGGGCAGCUAUUGUCCGAAUAUGUAAACGAUAUCUUCGACGUAAUAAAAUUCAGUGCAUCAUACAUCUAUGCCGAUGACAUGAAAAUCGUAAACGCUUUCCUUCCUGAUACCUCAACAAUGCUGUCAACAUGAUCCAACUUGACCUGCAUGCGUUUGGAACCUGGUGCUCGAAGUGGGAAAUGUCUUUCUCGGUCGAUGGAUUUUGUGCAAUGUCCCACAAGUGCGGUUUGCCUGACAGCGACCAGACUCUUGAUGGCAAACCACUUAAUCUCCGUCCUACUGUUAGAGACCUGGGAUUGCCAUAAUCGUGCUCACUUGUCUUCUGUGGAUACCUAGACUAUUGCCCCGCGUGGACAACACAGAACACUGGAUUGAUAUUUAGGACCUUUCCUCUCCAAGAUUCGACACUUGAUUCUUAUAUAUUAGUUGUUUGACCCACGCUGGAAUAUUGUUCAAUGGUGUAUAACACCUCAAAGAAGCGCGACUGCAUUACACUGGAACAAGUGCAGAGAGCACUCACAAUUCGUCUUCUAGUUGCUUCUUCAAAAAUGGAAUAUUCUGAACGGUUUGAUAAACUCAAGCUUGACUCGCUCUGGCUACGACGCAUGAAGCAUAAUCGGGUUAUAUUUUUCAACAUCUUGCACAAAAAUAUACACGUUUCCAACCUCAACCUGGCAUUGAUGCAAUCAACCGUCUACACCGCACGACAUAAACAGUGCUCAGUGGUGGAAUGCAAGUCUAGGCUCAACAGCUUUGCGAAUAUUUUCCCUAAUAAGUACAUCAGAGUCUGGAAUUAAAUGCUAUUGGCUAGGUCCGGAUUACCUUCAAGAGGGCACACUGGGGAAUGAUAUUACACGAACCAACGUUCCAAAUAUUCGCAUAGCUUAUCGUUAUGAGACGCUUACACAAGAAUUGCGUUUGCUACUCAGACCUAUACUGGCACAUCGUUCUCUGAGCUCCUUAAGUUCACGCAGUUCCACCGGACAACAUUCACCAUCAAAACGACCUACAUCCAUCAUCAGAUCCUCGAGACAGUGUGAAUAGACUUGGCUGAUCCGAUGACGAGAGGGAUGAGGCACACUCCUCGUAUUCGCAUCAACUGGAACUUAAACGGGCGGAAGUUCGCAUACCAAUGGCGAAUCCGAUGUACUGUGCCUCAGGCACAUCCAACUUCGUUUGAUGCCGCAUCGCCGUACAUGUUCACACUCCUAUUUAACAUGCAUCUAUUACCAAACUCCUUCUGUGGUAUAAAAAUAUCCCAGAAUUUCAACAUACCUAACUUUUUAUCUCCUCAGUUAUGCGAUUUUCGCUUUCAAUCUGUUAUUCUUGGUCUCCUGUCGAGCCCACUAUCUAGUAACGUAAUCUGAUUCAACCUCUAUUUUUGCUUUGACAUUUCUGUGCGCAACCUGUGUAGAUCAACACAUCAGCGUCAACUUUCCGCAAUCGGUUUUAAUUCUUUUUUUCGUUGGCCGUAUCCAUGCAUACAUUUUGUGGACACUACUUUUAUCAUUGUAUUUUCAGGGAGUUCGUGUAUGUGGACGGAUUCGCAUGUCUUGAGCAUUUUUAUUACUUGAUGUCCAUCACACACAAUGAUACACUUUAUUUGUCCGG